UAUUGUCUAUCAAUCUAAAUUUUGUUUUAGAAAACCUGUCCAAAAUUAGAAAUAUUUUUCAGGCCAACCAGUUACUAUGACCGAUGUGCAUGAGUUAGUCGUGACGUGCAUCAUUUUUCUUUACCAGAUACUCUUGGUUUUCCGAUCCAUUCAUCCCUUGAAAAAAGACGCCCUGCUGAUUGUCCUGCACAACUUACUGCUUUACUAUGUGAUCAAUAUGUUCAAGCACCUGGCUCAGGCUUCCAUUGACUCGGACGGACCGGUGAACACCUUCUACUAUGUACCUCUGGUUUACGAAGAGAGCGUUGCUGUGGGUUCCCAAAGGAGGUGGCAUGAGGUCCUCAGGUCAACCAGCUGGCAGUUCUUUGAGGUCCUUUUCCGACAUCAUUUGGCCCUGCUGUUGCCGUUUAAUUUGGCCCUCCUGGUGCCGCGCUGCAAGUUGGCCUUCAUUAGCACCUUGGUGCUGGUGUCAAACUUCCUGAUGUUCGUCUGCUUUGCCUCGGCCAUUUGUCGGCUGGUGGUGACCCAUGGCCACGCCCACAGCCUGCGCCUCCUCACGAUCCUGGCCUUGGGACCCGCAUGCCAAGUGCUUGUGGUGUGCCGCCUCUUGGGCCGAAUGUGGCUCAGUCGGUGGAUUGUUGUUUGAGGCAUGAAAUUUGAUUUGCCGGCACUGAUUGCUGGCCAAAAGCGAUCGAAAACACACAGCGUAAUCAGCAGCCAAGAAGUUAGGAGCAGCAAAUCAAAGCAAUAAACCAACUGAACCCAUC